AUGAUAGUGUAAAAUUAGUUUUCGACUAAAUGUGAGUUGAAUGCGAUUAUCUAAAAGAAUAUAUUUAUUGAGAUUUCACCAUGUUUAGUGGAACUUUCAUAAAUGAGCUUCCGAGAUAUGGUCUCAACUAUGCAACCUUUGCUGGGAAGGUUUGGUACGUACUGGUCUAUUUGUUCAGGCUAGUAGUGGUCGUGUCGCUGGGUACCGCUGUGUAUUACGAUGAGCAGGAGCAAUUUCGAUGCAGCACUGUGAUUGUGGGUUGUGAAAUGGUAUGCUAUGACGAGUUCGCCAAGAUCUCCCACCUCCGGUUCUGGGCAUUUCAAAUUCUGGCUCUUAAUUUUCCGGUUGUGUUGUUCCACUUCUACGCUGUUUAUGAAAGCGGAAAAAUAAAGAACAGGAAGCGAAAGAAUAGAAACAAGGAAAAUAGGGUCGUGUGGAAAUUAAACUAUCCAUCGAUGACUCGAGGAAAUAUAAAAGAAGAGAAAAGGACACGGAAGCGGUUUGUACACAACGAAUACGGACGGACAGAAGCCAUAGUAAUAUCAUGGAAGAUAGAAAUUGCAUACUUUGUUGCUACUUUACUUAGAGGAUUGUUAGAAGCUAUGUUCAUUUUCUUCGCUUUUAUUUUGUUUAUGCCAAAUCUUAUGCAAACUGGUUCGUAUACUUUGUUGGACAGUAUUUGGGUUGAAGUACCACGCAUGUAUCAGUGCAGGGGCGAGUCGAUAUAUGUCGCAUGUGAACAACAUAUGCUACCUGGAAACCGAGGUGGCUACGUACCUUGCUGGGUGUCAAGGCCAUGGGAGAAGACAAUAUUCGUCCGCUACAUGAACAUUAUGAGCGCGGUUUGCUUGGUGCUGACAUUCAUGGAGUCUGUCUAUCUCACCACGAAAUUUUGUCGAAAAUAUUUUACCAAGAAACAAAAAAGAACAGUUCCUUAUGUGAGUUCACAGAAUACACAUAAGCUCAAAGCAUUGAAAGCUGCCCUGAAGGACUACCCGCCGGGAAAUUUCUAUCACAUUUCAAAGCAAACAAGUUUCAGAUUCGCAACUCAUUUCUCCUCUGAAGAGUGUAGUCAUGAGAAAGGAGUAUACUUAAGUAUCACCAAGAUAUAAGUUGUGCCGCUAAAUGUUUUUUUUCGUUAUGGUCAGCUAUUAUUUGACCCUGUUGCUGUUUGACAUAGCGUUCAUUGUUUCAAUGAGUAUUUAACGCUACUCUAAGCGACCUUUUUUUGUUGAAACAAACAUGUGUUUUGUCCUUGGU